GAAAACCCAAAUUCCUGGCACUGUGUUUGUGUUUCUGACCCUUACAAAUCUAUCUCUCUGUGCUGCUUGAGUUACCUAUAUUUGCAGAACCACAUAGGUACAUAGGUACAUGCGCCUUUGAAUUUGAGGGUUUGUGUCCCUCUCUUUGGUCCCUUUAAAAAAAAAACACUGCUCCAAUUUUUUUUUUUCAAACAUUCAUUGUUUCUCUCUCUAAAAACAAAGAAAGUACCCUUCUUCGGUUCUCUCUCUACAACCCCUCGUUCUUCACUUUGAUUUUCCGUCUUCAAUGCUAACCCAACCAUGAUCCUCUGCACGUAAUCCCACCAUACCUAACCUAAAACCCUUUUGAUCUCUCUCUCUCACACCAUGUCCCAAGGAUCUCCCCUGCAAGACAACAAAGAACCCUCGCCGGAACCCGAUUCGCACAAGGAGGAAGCAACCACCAACACCGCCGCUACUGCCGCCGCCGAUGCUGCUCCUCCCGCACCCACCAGGAACCGCCCCUCUCGCGCCUGUACCAUUCGCACGGCUGCACGCCUCUAUUCGGCGUCGCAGCCGGCCAGGCCCAAGGCUGCAAAGAGGGAGCCUCGCCGCGAGGAGUCGCCCCAGCCGCCGUCGCCGCAGCCGCAGCAAUGCGGCAAGAUCGUGACGCCGCUGGUGGAACCGCCCCCGCCUGCACAGUUGCCGCGUUACAACCUCCGGUCUAUGUGGGAAUUGGCUUCAAUACUCAAUUUUUUGAAUCUUUUUAGGCAUCUUUUGAAUAUUUCAGUAGAAUUCUCGGCUGAAGAGUUUGAGACGGCUUUGCUCACUCCCAAUGACACAUUGAGUGAUAUACAUAUGCCUUUGCUAAAGGCAAUUCCUCCCAUUACACGAAUGGCACUCUCACGUGAUACUUGGAUAACCGUAUUAUGCAGAAAAUUAAGAGAUUGGUGGCACUGGGUUGCGGAUGGGGAUCUUCCUAUUGUUGCUUCACACGGAGCGGAGAUUGAAGUAUAUAAAUCACUUGAUCCAGGGGUUCGUGUGGUCAUCUUAAAAGCAUUAUGUGACAUUCGUGUUGAGCAAGAAGAUAUCAGGAGUUACAUUGACAGCUCAAUCAAGCAUGGCAUUCCACUUUCAACAUUUCGCAAGGAGCGUAUUGGUGGUGAUUCGCAUGGAGUUUCUUAUUGGUAUGAAGAUGACCAAAAUAUUGGUCAGAGGUUGUAUCGGGAGAUAAGGAAAACUGAAGUGGUUCAAAUGAAGAAAGGGAAACCAAGAGGUUCCCAGGUUUUUUCUAAUACAACCUACCAGUGGGAAACAGUUGCUACCAAUUUUGAUGAAUUUCUGGAUGUUUCUGAGAAGCUUUUCACAAGUAAAAACAGAACGGAGGUUUCUGUAGGGAAGAAGGUGAAGAUAGACAUGCUUCCUGAAAUUGAGAAGGUUCACAAGAGAAAGGAGAGAUUGAUGAAAAAACAACACAGACAAGCUCUUCUUCUUGAUAAUUUCUUAGGUGUUGAUGGGCUUGCCCUAGGGCGUUCACUACGUGAUAGGAAACCUGUUACCUACACUUUUGAUGAUUAUGAUCGGUCCAUCAACGAGGCAAUUAAGAUAACCAAACGGAAGCCACCGUCCCCAGAAGCUAUACCGAGAAGAGAACCAGGAUCAAAACCGGAAGCUUUAUCCAAUGGUAAAUGGAGUGGUCCUUCCCCUUCUUAUGACCCUCAAGAACUAAAUUUUGGCAUGCUGUCUCCAAAAUCACCAGACUUCGAUGAUAUGGAGGAAGAUAAUCAAACUGACAUAAUGGACUUGGAUAGAAGCAAUCGACGAAGACAGAAGCCUAAACGGUAUUCAGAGAAAGAGUUUGUUGAAGCAUUGUCAGAUAAUGAGGCUGACUAUGACAGUGAUGAUGAUAUUGUGGGAGAAGCAGUGUAUUCUGAAGAGUAUCUUCAGAAACGCAAGCAGAGAAGGAAGGCUUCUAGUAGCUCUGGCUCUGAAGGAGACGAAGAAUAUAAUUGGAAUGAAGAUAACAUCGAAGAUGAAGAAGAGGACGAUGAAGAAGAUUCCAUGAGUGUCAGUGAGGAGAGUGACAAGCCCCGUAAAUUCAAGCGACUGGCGGGCCGAACUAGGAGGGAAACUAAACUAAGGUCUGUGGGUGAGAUUCAAUCAGGUCUAAGACGCAGUAAGAGGGCAACACAAAAACGUAUAAAUUACCGGCAGUUAGAGAUGUCUGAUUCAGAAACCGAGUUCGUUAAACCUGACAAGUCUAAUGCAAAUGCAUCAGAUGAUCACUCAGAUCCUUCUGAGAAUGGAGAUUAUAUGAUGGAAAGUGAAGAUUCAGAUGGCAAUGACGAUGAAGAACAAGAAACCAAAGAUGUGGAGCCUGUUACUUACCCUGCAGAAGGGAACAACCAAUAUCCUGCUGUAGAGGAGAAUGAACAAAGCAAAAUCCAGCCUCCUGAAAAAUCUAGUAGUCCAGGACAGGAGGAAGUUGAAGGCACCACAAAGCGACGAUUCCUUGAUUUGAAUGAGCUUGCCCCUAGCUCAGGUUUUGAUGAUGCUCCAAAUACAACAAGCAAAGAUGAAGGCAAUGAAGAUUUGUGAAGGUACCUCUUUCUUGAAAGCAAUGAUGGUAGUUUGCUAUCAAGGAAACCAAGUGACAUGUAUGAUAAUAGAACUAUAAAUUUUGUUAUGUGCCUCAAAGGGAAGUUAAGGGUAGAUCUCUUCCUGUGGCAACCUAAGCAGCCCUUGGUGCAUGAUUUUCCACCAGAAGCAGCAGCAUGAUACUGAGUUGUGUAGAUUAGGUAGUCAUUUUUUAGUAUUUAGUAUUUCUACAUCAAAGGGUCUACGGAAGUGAAUGAGAAUUUGUUGGGCGUUAUUUGGCCCAUCCAAUCCAAUCGGUGUACAAUAACUGUUAACAAGUACUGUAACUUUAAAUAGAUAUAUGGCUUUUGAUUAUCAA